GGCUUGUGAGGUUAAAUACGGGAUCUGGAACAGUGGGGGAGAUUAAGAUACCGGCAUCGUAGGGAGGUAGCUCAGUGAAACGGUACAAACGAAAUUCUUUAAGCGAGCAAUUUAUAAUUGCCACAAAGCGCUGGUUAGGAGCGGAUUUCGGUACCCGUGAGAAGACAGGAAAUAUUCUGACUAGCUACCUGCUUUACAGGAAAAAAAAUGUUACUUCGGCGUUCCGAUAACUAGAUUUCCUUUUACAUUACAAUUCUCGAUCCGUUUUUUUUUAUUUAAAAAAACAAGCUAGUCACCGCGUACACUGGAAUUUCUUUCAAAAAGAAAUCUCUCGGCUUUGUUAUACUCGGCAUCCUAAAGGAGAAACUCGAAAGGAUUUUUUUUUUCCCCCACAUAGCUAUGCCAAAGGAGCUCAAGCAGACUCGCCUCCAAAAGAUCUGGAUUCCUUCUAAGGAUGAUAGACCAGCUAUACCUCGUAGAUCUGGCGAUCCCCGUCUAACCAAUUCUCCCACUGUGAUUGUUAUGGUUGGCCUGCCUGCUCGAGGGAAGACCUACAUCUCCAAGAAGUUGACGCGCUACCUCAACUGGAUCGGAGUCCCCACUAAAGUGUUCAAUGUUGGGGAGUAUCGCCGGGAAGCAGUCAGACAUUACAGCUCCUAUGACUUCUUCAGGCCAGAUAAUCAAGAUGCCAUGAAAAUUCGACAACAAUGUGCCUUAGCUGCUUUAAGAGAUGUCAAAUCCUACCUUACUGAAGAAGGUGGUCACAUCGCUGUCUUUGAUGCCACCAACACCACGAGGGACAGGAGAGACCUGAUCCUUCAUUUUGGCAGUGAGAAUGGAUUUAAGAUUUUUUUCAUUGAAUCGGUUUGUGAAGACCCUGAUGUCGUUGCGACAAAUAUUAUGGAAGUGAAGGUGUCUUGUCCAGAUUACAAAGACUGCAACAGGACAGAUGCCAUGGAAGAUUUCCUCAAGAGAAUCGAAUGUUACAGAGCUUCUUAUCAGCCUCUGGAUCCUGAUCACUAUGACCGGGACCUUUGUUUCAUCAAAGUCAUAGACGUUGGACGGAGGUUUCUUGUGAACAGAAUCCAGGACCAUAUCCAAAGUAAAAUUGUUUACUAUCUGAUGAACAUCCAUGUGCAGCCCCGACACAUCUACCUGUGUCGCCAUGGCGAGAGUGAGCACAACCUUCAGGGCAGGCUUGGCGGCGACUCGGGCCUGUCUGUCCGGGGGAAAAAGUUUGCUGGAGCACUGUCCACGUUUCUGGAAGAGCAGAACCUAAAGGACCUCAGAGUUUGGACAAGCCAGAUGAGGAGGGCAAUACAGACUGCUGAGGCCCUGGGAGUCCCAUACGAGCAGUGGAAAUCUCUUAAUGAGAUUGAUGCUGGCGUGUGUGAGGAAAUGACUUAUGAAGAAAUUAAAGAGCAGCACCCUGAGGAAUUCGCUUUGCGUGAUCAGGACAAAUACUAUUACCGCUAUCCAAAAGGAGAGUCUUACCAGGACCUUGUGCAGCGGUUGGAGCCUGUCAUCAUGGAGUUGGAGAGGCAGGAGAAUGUGCUGGUUGUCUGCCAUCAAGCUGUCAUGAGGUGUCUUCUGGCUUACUUCCUGGACAAGAGCGCAGAUGAGAUGCCCUACCUCAAGUGCCCUCUGCAUACAGUAUUGAAACUCACUCCAGUUGCUUAUGGCUGCAAAGUUGAAUCCAUCUGCUUGAAUAUUGAGGCAGUGAACACACACAGGGAGAGACCAGAGGAUGUAAGGAAGGGCCCCAGCACGCUCAUCAGGAGAAACAGUGUCACCCCGCUGGCAAGUCCCGAGCCUACUAAAAAACCCCGAAUUAAGAGCCUAGAUGAUCACAUGCCAUCGACCUCGUCUGCAGCUCUGCCAGUGUGCGCAGCUUCUGAAAUUCCCACUUCUCUACCUGGACAACAUUGGCUUGGCAAAGCUUGUCUACGAACAGUUUUCCAUUAUCUCAAAGUUAUCUCCUUGCUAGUGUUUCAAAGAACAUAAAAAGGAAAACUUCGGGACUGCACGAUGUCUUAGAAGAUUGCCAGUGAAUCUCAAAACUGCCACUCCACCUGCAUUUUGGAUAUUGAUCAGAAAAAUGACCGUGACCUGUCUAAAAUGGAUGUCGACUUCUUCCUUUGUUUUUGUUCAUUCUCGUCAUCUGAACUGAAACGAACUGCUCUAGGCUCGGUAACUAAUAUUGAUUUGAUCGUUUUCAUAACUAUGUAAAUGAAUGUCUUGCCAGCAUAAUUUGUAAAUGUUUGGAAAAUGGUUUGGCAAAUAAGGAAAUAUCUGGUUUCUGACAUUUUUCUUGGUACCUGUAAAUAGUGUGUGUGUGUGUACAGUUCAAGUGAAAGAUGAUGGUUCAAUAAACCUAUUUAUAUUAACGUUUGUAGAACUGAGAAACAAGAAGGGAGAAAUCUUGUUCCUUUGUUUUACAACUGUGGUUCAGUAAAGGCUUUAGCCUGAGUUUACAAUGAUGUUGAAAGAAAAUGCUGAUUUUGCUCUACAUAAAAGAAACAUUAUGUCCUAGUACCCAUCAAAUACAGUAUGUAUUGUAAUUGUAGCCUGUUAGGUUGGAGAAAGUUGCUCUGGCAGUCUUAAAACUGUCAUUGUUAUUAGAUGAAGAGAAAGUUUUUAAUAAAAACUGAAGACCUUUUCCCCUACCACCACCACAAUCUACAUGACUGCACUUUUACAAACUAAACUUUAACCAAAAUGCACCUUCAGUGUAGCUCCAAACUUGUUUUUGGGACUUAUUGUGCUGGAUAAGAAUGCACUAUUGCGAAAAAAUGCUAUCACAUCCUAGAAACGUUAAUAAAAAAAAAAUAUAGACCAUGUAUCAAAUACCAAUUGUUCCUCUACUACAGCUUGGAAUGUAUAAUUUGUCUUGACGUGAGUUGAGCUCUGCUUAUUUUAUAAUUGGGGUUUCAGUCACAUGGGUCAGGACAGGCUUAUACCCAAAAUGACAUGUAAAUGUUUACAGCUUUAGUCCACUGUAACCAAAUUUUUGUUUGUCUGUACCAAGCAAGCAUUAAAGCUAGGACCUGGAUUAAGUCAAAAACUUCAGACCACCUGCACAUUGUAGCUCGGUGACAGUUUUCCACUGGGUAAGAAACCAGACCUUUCUGGCAAAGAGGAAGCUAUGGCCAAGAGCCGGCAUUGUCUCGGAGCCUUCAUUUAAUUUGGUUCUAGGCAUCCUUUUUCCAAAGCUAAUAAUGGGAUGACGAGGAAUGUAAAACAUUUGUAGAUAUUUCCAUUGUAUUACAAAGUUUUUAUAUUUAAGUCUUUAUUUUCUUAUUUUUUAUUUUUGUAAUGUGGUUUUGGGCUGUCUCUGUGUGCCAGCUGGUAUUAAGCACCACAGAGUCUUUAUUGAGAUAAAAUGAUGGAGAUCCUAUGGAGCUCAGCGGCAGGGUACUAACCAGCUUAUAACUGGAAAUGAUGGCUUGACUGAAGUAGCCCCUUUUUAUUUUCAAACCUUAAUUUAUUUUGACCAUUUUUCUUGAUUGUUUUUGGGACAUUUUUAAAUGUAUUUUUAAAGCAUGUCAGAAUGAUGAGCUCUGUAUGUUACUUCACUUUAUAAAUUGGGUCUGUUGGUGUACGUGCUGCGAUUUUUUGUUUUUCUUCUUCCAAGAAAUAUUAAGCAAUAUUGUUGUGUGACUGGAAUCGAUGGUUGAGUUUUGUAAGGGAUAUAUCUGGGAAAAUUAAGUAUUUUCUUCUCGGAAUUGUAAAUUAUAAUGUCCUUAGUGAUGCCGUACGCUGUCAAGUGGAUAGGUUUGAAAGAGGUUAACCACAGUGCCUAGUGCGUGACUUGCACAGUGAACACUGCUUUAUUAAUGAAGUUGCACGAUUAAAGGGCUGGAAAUUAGAAUCUUGGCCCUUAGCUCGUUAAGUGUUGCACUUGCUACUCUUCUGUUCUUAUUUUUAUGUAUCAUUUUAGUUUUUUUUUUGUAGAACUUGUGAUUAUUUUUUGUUAGCUUAGGUAUGUACCUGAUUCUUUACCAGUUUAUUUACCAAUGCUGCUUAUUUUAUAGAUGUAAGAUGGUGCUCAUCAUUUUAAUGAUGUACUUACCAUCCCUUUUUACAGAAAUCUGCAGUGUAACUUCUAAUCAAACUUACCCUUUUAGGAGGGAAAUUAUUGGAGGGAAAGCUACUUAAUAUUUGAACAUGAGUGUAGAAAUGUUAUUUAAUUUCAAGCAAGUGAAAAGUUCCAGCUUUAUUUUUAUAAGCAGGUUUCAUUACGAAUGCACUACGGACAGCUCUGAGGCUACUGAAUUCUUGAAGCAUUCUUUAAGUAGAGCAAAUUGCAUUACAGUGUUAAUCUAAUGGUAAUAGAUCUGUUUCCUUCAUUAAACUGCCUAAACAGAACAAAAAUCGGCUACAUGCAGUCAGGUGACUUUUGUUUGCUUCUUAUACUUGAAUAUUUUUAGGUUUUGAGCAGUUAGACUUAUUUAUUUGUAUCUAAACUUUUUUUUGGAGACCUGCAGUACGUAGUUGUGGCAUCAAUCCUGUUGUGUGUACUCUUAAUUGUCUGAGGUAUGCUUGUGAUGAAAGGAAGUGACUGUGUUGAGAGAAACAGGGUAUGCCUUUCAGAAAUUUGUAUAUUUUGCAGUUGCUGGACCAAUAAAUUCUUUAAACAUCA